UUCUUUCUACACGGCCGGUUUGGCGAGGCCCCUCCCCACCCGGAAGCCGCAGGCGAGGCAGCCUCCGAGUGCCGCCAGCGGGGAAGUGGGAGCGGGAACAUGUGCCUGGGAUCCCGAGCGGGAUCGGGCAAAGCAUUCUGGCUGCAGAAGUCCUGUCCUUGAAGAGAACAUGCAAGCGGAUUCUGGGAGCAGAGAUUGCCUCGUGCCCGAAAUGUCAAAUAAGUCAGAAGAAGGAAAAGUGGUAGAUGGUGGAAGUGGCUAUGGCAUAGAAGGAGAUGUGCCUCCUUCUCUUGAAGACUGGGAAAACACACGCUUGAAACCUGGAAAAGAAACGCCAAAGAAAAAACUCUGUGGCUACUUAAAUAAGUUUUCCGCCAACGCACCCAUCAAGACCUGGAAAUCCCGCUGGUUCUUUUAUGAUGACGACAAAGGCCUCUUGCUUUACUUCAGGACUGCGCAAGAUGUUAACCCUUUGGGGAGCAUAGACAUAUCCAGCGCUAACUUUGAUCUUAAAGUGGGAUCGGACGAAGAUGUUUUUGAAAUCAGGACCCCCAGCAAAGAUUUCAUCCUCAAGGCUGUAAACAAGCAGGCCAUGAUGUACUGGUUGCAACAGCUACAACUGAAACGCUGGGAGUUCUGUACCAACCAGGCUCAGAAUUUUGUGGAGGAUGAGGCUAUUUUUACCCCUUCUGACAACAAGACUCAGCUUAAUGAAACUGAUGCAGAACAUGACUUUUUCCCCCCUGUGAAAACUCCCACUGAUAACACAGUAGGAAUAAUGGCAGCUUUGCUACCACCACCGCAGCCUUCUAUUGCUCUACAGAACAUCUCCCUCAAGCAUCCUUGGACUGAAAUACAAAACACGGUGCAUAAUCUUCGUGGCAAUUGGCAAAACCGAGCAGACAGUGAUACCUUUGUUUUCGUGGAGAGUCCUGAUAAUCCUGAAGAUGGAGCUGACGAAGACCAUCGAGAAGCGGAAACUGAGAGUGCAGCUGAAAUGCAAAAGGACACAAGGAUGAAGCUAAAACCACAUAUGGUUAGAAAAAUGAAGAAGGUGAACAGCAGUUUCUCUUGUUUUGCUGAAGGGGCAGGACAGGAGAAAAUUGCUUCUCUUCAGCACCAAGUUUUAAUCCUUGAAGAAGAAGUGAAAUCUCAGAAGGAACUAGUUAAACUUCUCCACAAAGCUCUGGAGGCAGCCCAGCAAGAGAAACGAGAGUCCUGCCGGUAUCUGACUACAGCAAAGGAGAAAGACCGGCUGGAGUUAGUGCGGCACAAAGUCAGGCAGAUUGCCGAGUUGAACAAGCAGGUGGAUGUCCUGGCGAUGGAGGGGAAGGAGCUGAAGCAGAACCUGGCUCUAAAGGAAGAGCACAUCCAGGAGCUGGCGGCGCAUGUGCAGCUUCUGAUGGACAAGAACCAGGCCAAGCAACAGGUCAUCCUGAAGCUGACAGAGCAGCUCACCAACCACAUGCCUGAUUCCAUUACAGAAGCUGACCUCCUUGCCACAGAGACCAUGUACAAGCAGCAGGAAGAGAUCGAACAUUUGAAGGAUGACUUAGAAGCCUACAAGACCCAGAACCAAUUUCUCAACUCUGAAAUCCACCAGGUUACUAAAAUCUGGAGCAAAGUGGCGCAGAGAGAGAAGACUCUCCUGAUGAAGUGUGCCCGUCUACAAGCCCACAACUGCCAAAUUGAGAGCAAGUACCUGAUGCUUCUGCGAAAGCUGCAGGGGCUCCCAGAUUUAACCAGUGAACACAAGGAAAUGGUGAAAGGACUAAUUCAGGAAGCACUGCAGUGGGAUGUGAAGGAAGAGGCUGAGAUACCUAUUCGGCAGAACCCAAUCAAGGAAUAUGAUGACUAUGGGUUUAUGACAAUUCCCGAAUAUGAAGCUUCAGACUGGAAACUGCUGGCCAAAAUCCAGGCCUUGGAGAUCAAAUCCAGCAACCUCUUGAACCAGGAGGUCCUGGAGAAACCCCUUUCUGAGAAGUGGAAUAACCUUGGAGAACUGAGUCCCUCCUCAGAGCUCAAAGCUUUGCUGCGCUGCGGUGUUCCCCCAGAGCACCGUCAAAGGGUUUGGAGAUGGAUUGUGAGCCACCGGGUGCAGCAUAUCCGUUCUCCGGGACAUUACCAAAACUUGCUCAAGAAGUGCGAAGCUGCUGAGCACCCGGCUUCCCGACAGAUCGAGUUGGACCUUCCCCGCACCCUGACGAACAAUAAACAUUUCCUGUCACCUACCUCCCAACUUCUUCCCAAACUCCGAAGGGUUUUACUUGCAUUCUCCUGGCAAAACCCUACUAUUGGCUACUGUCAGGGAUUGAACAGACUAGCGGCCAUUGCACUGUUGGUCUUAGAAGAGGAAGAAAAUGCUUUCUGGUGUCUGGUACAUAUCACUGAGAAUCUAAUGCCUCCAGAUUACUACAGCAACAUGCUAAUAGGCUCACAAGUAGAUCAAAGGGUCUUCAAAGAUUUCUUGUCAGCAAAGCUUCCCAAACUGACAGCUCACUUAGAACAUCAUCGAAUUGAUCUGGCCCUUGUGACCUUCAACUGGUUUCUGGUUGUAUUUGUUGAUAGUCUUGUCAGUGAUAUUCUCUUCAGAGUCUGGGAUGCGUUUCUUUAUGAAGGCACAAAGGUAAUAUUUCGUUAUGCUCUAGCCAUUUUUAAAUACAAUGAAGAGGCAAUACUGAGGAUCCAGGACAGCUUGGAAAUAUACCAGUAUCUUCGGUUCUUCACUAAAACUAUCUGUGAUGGCAGGAAGCUGACGAACAUCGCCUUCAGUGACAUGAACCCCUUUCGCAUGAAGCUUCUCCGAAAUCGGCGUGAGGAGUACAGGCUAAAACUGGAGGCUGAGAUGAGAGAACUGGAGAAGAUAAAAACCCAGUACUUGAUGGCACAAGCGGAGCACCCUUCCAGCCACCUGGAUGGAGCUGUGAGCGAAGACGAUGAUGAUGACGACAUAUAAUGCCUGUUUUCCUCUUCUCUGUGCAUCUUCGAUCAUUUCACUUCCUUUGAAACAAAAGGCAGCCAUUGUUUGUACAGUGGGAGGCAAAGCAUCCUUGAGCAACACAGGGAGAUGUACUGGAUUCUGUCAGUUGCAUCAGAAAUGCUCACAUACUGUGGAAGCUUUGUUCUCAGGUCCUUUGUAGAGCUUGGGAUUAGAGGAAACAUUUUCUAGAUAGCAAAGUCAGGGCCAGCCCAAGCCAUCUUGCUACCUGAAGCAAAGGGCCAAUGGGUAUACUCUCCCAUUUCAUAUGCAGAAGCCAAGAAGCCUUGCCGCUCAAUCUUACUACAGUAUGGAUGUCAGGACAACAGUUUCCAUUGCACCACAGACAAUGAGCAAGGAGGGCAAGACAACUCCAGUCUUUUCUCACUAUUUCCUACCUUAGUGGCACUUUUCAGUCUAAAGAUGGCCUGCCCAAAGCUGGUCCUAAUGUACUGUAAAAUCUUUACUUUUGAUUUA